AUGGCAGUCGCCUUGAUAACUCUAGCAGGACUCGCAUGGUGGACAUUACCUUUCUAUGGCGCGACCAGUGAGAGUAGUGUUCGCUCGAAAGAGGAGUUUGGUUGGGAUCAGAUCACCUCUUCUCAAUCACUUACAUAUCAUGAUUGCUUCCACGGGUUCCAAUGCGCCCGUCUCGAAGUUCCGAUGGACUACAACCGAUCUGACGGACAAGGACGGCGCUUUGCGAUCGCCAUCACUCGCCUUCCAGCUAAGGUUCCGGUGACAGAUUCACGGUACGGCGGUGCAAUCUUAGUCAACCCAGGUGGCCCGGGGGGCUCGGGUGUCGCCCAGGUUCUGCGUGGUGGCAGAUCUUUACAAACCACUGUGGACGCGGAAGCAGACCCAAAUGUCGAGGAUCCAGAGAGGAUUUCGCAGGACAAGUACUUCGACAUCAUCGGGUUCGAUCCCCGUGGGGUCAAUAACACGACUCCAGGAUUCAGCUGUUUCCCGAACCUCUUUUCCCAGCGCAACUGGGAGCUGCAGGUGGCAGCGGAAGGCAUGUUGGGGAGCUCAGACGAUGCGUUCUGGCGUACCUGGGAUCGCGCGAUCGCUCUUAAUACAGGAUGCUCCGCCAGUUUGACCAUGCCGUCAAAGGAUGGAGAGGAAGCCUUGGGCGAGCAUCUCAAUACACCCCCGGUCGCUAGAGAUAUGCUCGAAAUUGCGGAGCGACACGGCGAAUGGCGUGAGAAACAAGGUUUAGCAGGACAGCGUCAACACGAUCGUGUACAUGGUUACGAUCCGAGGCAGACUUUAGUAGCCCGGACGAGAUGGAAUCAAGGACAGGAAAAGCUCCUGUAUUGGGGUCGGUCGUACGGGACCAUCCUAGGGUCCACAUUUGCAACUAUGUUCCCCGAUCGCAUUCAUCGGGCUGUUCUGGAUGCUGUGGUCGAUGCCGACAAGUACUAUCUGGGCCACGGGCCCAACCCUGUCGAGGAUGCUGAUGCCAUUUUCGAUCAAUUUACGCAUUACUGCAGUGCGGUCGGGGCGGAUAACUGUCCCUUCUAUGUCCCAGGAGGACCGACCGCCAUCAGGGAAGCCUACCUAGCCCUGGAAGACACUCUCCACAAUCGAUCCCUGCCAGUUCGCUCAUCGGCCACACGGGGCCCGGAGGUCGUGACAUGGAGUGAUUUGAAGAUCAUUCUGCGGAUUGCCGUGUAUCAGCCGAUGCAAGGGUUCUCUCUGCUAGCAAAGUUUGCGAGCGAGCUGGCCAAGGGGAAUGGCUCCGCCCUAGCCGACUUGAAGCAUGGAGGCCGCUCCCCGUCAUGCCCCUCGAGCCAGUGUCUUCAAGCCGGACCGUGGUCCGCUGAGUGUCAGGUUCCGGGGCACAAUGAAGCAUAUUCGAGCACAGCCAUUCUCUGUGCAGAUGCAGAGUAUUUGCAAAGUACCGGGGAAGAGGAGUUCAGGCAUAAUUGGGAGACCUUGCGAGAGGAUAGCUCCAUGAUCGGUGACUACUGGGCUGGGCUUCUGAUGAGCUGCGUGGGGUGGAAUCUGAAGCCGAAGUGGAAGCUCACCGGACCCUUUACGGCCAACACCUCUCAUCCACUGCUCUUCGUAAGCAAUACGCUCGAUCCGGUGACUCCUCUGCGGAGUGCCCGCAAAAUGUCCCGAAGCUUCCCUGGAUCUGUGCUCCUGCAGCAAGACUCUGAAGGUCACUCGACCCUUGCCGCGCCCUCGGUGUGUGUACAUAAAUUGAUCCGCAAGUAUUUUCAGACGGGCGAGUUGCCGCCGCCUGGCACAGUCUGCAAGGCAGACAUCAAGCCGUUGUUGGGUGCAUCUCCAACGGCCCAAGAACGAAGUGCAGGAGACCAGAGACUGUAUGACGCUCUGAUGGAGGAAGCGCAACGAAUGCCGAUAGCGCGGUUGCCACUGUAG